AUGGCGACCCCAAAGUGGGGCUGGGGACACGGGGCAGGCUUUGGGGACCGUCCCCCCGCACGGAUCGGGCCCCGUCCUCAAUGGGCCCCCGCCCCCUGCCCCGCCCCCUCCCACCCCCGUCGGCCUCCUCGCCCCGCCCCGCCCCGCCCCGCCCCUCGCCGCGGCGGUAGCCGGCUACGCCAUCCGGUGGGCGGGGCCGUCGGGACGCGGGGGGUGGGGUGGGUGGGCGGUGGCCUAUGGGCGGCCGCGGCGGUGCGCGGCGGAGGCAGGCCCCGCCCCCGUGGAACGUUCCGCGGGUUUGAUCCGCCGCGGCGCCCCAUUGAGAAAAUCCCGCGGCGGCGGCGGCGGCGGCGGCUCCGCUCCGCCGCGUACGGCCCCGGCCCCGGCCCCGGCCAACGCUGGGCGGGGGGGGCGGGCAUGCGAGCAGCCGGGGGCCCGCCCGCCGCCACCCACCUGCCGCCCGCCCAGCCGCCAGCCGGGGCGCCGGGCUCGCCCCCCGCCGAGCGAUGUCCAGGAGGAAACAGAGCAACCCCCGGCAGAUUAAACCUUUAUCCAACUUCUGCGGCUUUAUUUCGGCAAAAAGCCCGGCUGCCCGGCAAUCCCUCCCCUAGUAACUCCAGCUCGUUAAACCGGGAGCGUUAA